AUGGCCCUCGUCGACCCCAGCGCCACCGAGUCGCAGGGCCAAGCCUGGGGCUUCUCGCUCGUCUACACGGGCUCGCACUCGUUUGGGGUCGAAAAGGGCUCCGAAGGGCUGACGCGCGCCAUGGUGGGUGUCAACCCGUUGUCCUUUUCCUGGCCGCUGGCGCCCGGGGAGGCGUUUACUUCGCCCGAGGUGGUCGCCGUCUACUCGGAUCAGGGUCUCGGCGGCAUGUCGCGCAAGUUUCACCGGCUGUACCGCAAGCAUCUCAUCAAGAGCAAGUUUGCGACCGAGACGCGCCCCGCGCUGCUCAACAGCUGGGAGGGCCUGUACUUUGACUACAACGAGACGACGAUUGCGCGGCUGGCACGGCAGACGGCGCAGCUGGGCGUGCGCAUGUUUGUGCUCGACGACGGCUGGUUUGGCGACAAGUACCCGCGCGUAUCGGACAAUGCUGGGCUGGGCGACUGGGUGCCGAACCCGGCACGGUUCCCGUCGGGCUUUGACAAGCUGAUUAACAACAUUACGCACUUGAAGUCGGGUAACUCAUCGCAGGACCUCAAGUUUGGGCUUUGGUUUGAGCCCGAGAUGGUCAACCCCAACUCGACACUUUACGUGGACCAUCCGGACUGGGCUAUGCACGUAGGCAACUACCCGCGCACAUUGACGCGCAACGAGCUGGUGCUCAACCUGGCGUUGCCCGAGGUGCAGGACUACAUCGUCGAUGCCGUGUCCAAGAUUCUCAAAAGCAGUCCCAUCAGCUAUGUAAAGUGGGAUAAUAAUCGUGGCAUCCACGAGAUGCCCCAUCCGUACACGAACCAUCAGUACAUGCUAGGCGUCUAUCAAGUGUACGACAGGCUAACCACGGCGUUCCCGGACGUCAUCUGGGAGGGCUGUGCGUCUGGUGGCGCUCGCUUCGACCCGGGUAUUCUCCAAUACUUUCCGCAGGUGUGGACAUCUGAUGAUACCGACGCGGUGGAACGCAUCACAAUUCAGACGGGCACGUCUCUGGUGUAUCCGCCGUCAGCCAUGGCCGCACACGUCGCCGCGGUGCCCAACGGUCUCACCAAACGCACGACGCCGCUGAGCUUCCGCGCCCAUGUCGCGAUGAUGGCGGGAUCGUUCGGGUUCGAGCUGGACCCGGUGCACCUGGAGGAGGAGGACCGCCAGAUGAUCCCGGGCAUUGUGGCGCUUCAGGAGAAAAUCAACCCGAUCGUGGUGCAGGGCGACAUGUGGCGGCUCAACCUGCCCGAAGACUCCAACUGGCCGGCGACGCUCUUCACAUCCGAGGACGGCAAGCAGGCGGUGCUCUUUUAUUUCCAGAUAAAGGCGCACUACAAUAACCUGUUCCCGACAGUGAAGCUGCAGGGCUUGGAUCCGCAAGCCAGCUACCGCGUGGACGGCAACAUGACGCUGUCGGGGUCGACGCUGAUGCGAUUCGGGCUUCAGUACACGUUUGACGGAGACUAUCAGAGCCGGGUGGUGAUGCUGGAGAAGCAGUAG